GUCGGGCGGAGCAAGCCGAUUCAGAAUCAGGGUCCGUCCCCCUAGAUAAUUAUCAAAAAACAGAAAAACAUUCAAGACACCAAACCAAGCUCCGACACAACGCGUUCCCUUUGUUGCUUGCUGCAGUAAUCUCGCCGCCAAAAUCGGUUACCAAAUCCGAAGAGCAAAUUUCACACCCACCCACCCACCGGCUCUUCUUCACCGGACAGGCCUUCUUUCAGACACAUCAUCAAAUCGAUCAACGCGGCGCUCUUGCAGCGGCGCUCUUACCCGACCUCCCCCUCUCAAGUCACCAUCAUGUCGAUGCUCCCCGCAGAAGUGCACAGCGCCCUAGGCCAGCUGUUACAGGGCCUUCAAGCCGCCGACAACAACAUCAGAAGCCAGGCCGAAGAGCGUCUUGCGACUGAAUGGGCCCAAAGCAAGCCCGACGUGCUGCUCAUGGGGCUGGUUGAGCAGAUCCAGAUGGCCGAUUCGCCCACCUCCCAAUCGUUCGCCGCUGUCAUCUUCCGCCGCAUGUCGUCGCGCACCUCCAAGGACACAACUGGUCAAUCGCGCGAGCUCUUCCUCACCCUGCAGAAGCCUCAGCGGGACGCCAUCCGUACUCUCCUGCUGCAAGGAAUGGCAUCACCGUCGGUCGUGGCGCAACCGUCGCUCCGCAACAAGGUCGGUGACGCUGUUGCCGAAAUUGCCAGACAAUACACAGACGAGGAGGUCUUCAACGAAGACGGUUCCAGAGACACAUGGUCCGAUCUCUUGGCUGCUCUGUUCCAGUCAAGUCAGUCGCCUGACGCUGGACAACGCGAGACGGCCUUCAGAAUCUUUGCUACUACUCCUGGAAUCAUCGAGAAGCAGCACGAGGAAGUCGUCUUGGGCGCUUUCACAAAGGGCUUCAAGGACGACGAUGUGGCCGUCCGCCUGGCCGCCAUGGACGCCUUCGCAUCUUUCUUCCACUCGAUCAACAAGAAGUCUCAAGCAAAAUACUACCCCCUGAUCUCCGAUAUCCUCAACAUCCUCCCACCGCUCAAGGACAUGUCCAACUCCGACGACCUCACCAAGGCUCUCGUGGCCAUGAUUGAUCUUGCCGAAGCUGCGCCCAAAAUGUUCAAGCCUCUGUUCAACGAGCUUGUCAAGUUCAGCAUCACUGUAAUUCAGGACAAGGACCUCGAUGACAAGGCCAGACAAAACGCCCUCGAACUUAUGGCCACCUUCGCCGACUACAGCCCUCAGAUGUGCCGCAAGGAUCCCAACUACACUGCCGACAUGGUCACCCAGUGCCUGUCUCUUAUGACUGACGUUGGUGCUGAUGACGAUGAUGCCGAGGACUGGUGCACUACCGAAGACCUCGAUAUGGAUGAGGCUGAUAUGAACCACGUUGCUGGAGAGCAGACCAUGGACCGUUUGGCAAACAAGCUGGGCGGCCAGGCCAUUCUUCCCCCUACUUUCCAAUGGCUUCCUCGUAUGAUCGAAUCCGGUGCCUGGAGAGACCGCCACGCCGCCCUAAUGGCCAUCUCGGCCAUUUCCGAAGGUUGUCAAGAACUCAUGGAGAGCGAACUCCAGCAGGUUCUCGACCUCGUCCUCCCUAGACUCAGCGAUCCUCACCCCCGUGUUAGAUGGGCCGCGUGUAAUGCUCUGGGCCAAAUGAGCACUGACUUCAAGGGCAUCAUGCAAUCAAACUUCCACCAGGUCGUGCUCCCUGCUUUGGUCGAGUCUCUCAAAUCCGAUCAGCCCCGUGUUGCCUCCCACGCCGCCGCCGCGCUCGUCAACUUCUGCGAAGAGGCUGAGCGCGAAAUCCUCACACCUUACCUCGAUGGUCUUUUCACAAACCUCUUCAACCUUUUGCGCAACACCAAAACCCGCUACGUCCAGGAGCAAGCCUUGUCAACUAUAGCAACUGUUGCCGAUUCUGCUGAAGCUGCGUUUGCCAAAUACUACAGCGACCUUAUGCCUCUUCUAUUCAACGUCUUGAAGACGGAUCAAUCCAAGGAGAACCGCUUGCUCAGAGCCAAAGCCAUGGAGUGCGCUACUCUGAUUGCUCUUGCGGUCGGCAAGGAGCGCAUGGGCAAUGACGCUCUCGAGCUUGUGCAAAUUCUUGGCAGCAUUCAACAAGGUAUCACUGAUUCUGAUGAUCCUCAAGCUUCGUACUUGCUGCAUUGCUGGGGACGCAUGUGCCGCAUUUUGGGCGCCGACUUCCUUCCUUACCUACCCGCCGUCAUGCCUCCGCUUCUGGAGCUGGCCAAGGCCAAGGCCGACAUUCAGCUGCUUGAUGAUGAAGAAACUCUCGAGCAAGAAGAAGGAUGGGAGCUUGUACCUUUGAAGGGCAAGUACAUUGGCAUCAAGACUAGCACUCUCGAUGACAAGCAUAUGGCUAUCGAGCUCAUUGUUGUCUAUGCUCAACAUCUUGCUGCAAGCUUCGAGAAUUACGUUUUGGACAUUAUGGAGAACAUCGCUAUUCCCGGUCUGGCCUUCUUCUUCCACGACCCCGUUCGUCAGGCUGCUGCAAAAUGUGUACCUCAACUCUUGAACUGCUACAAGCUCGCCCACGGACUCCAAUCACCACAGUUCCGCCAACUCUGGACGACGACCAUUGCAAAGGUUUUGGAAGUUCUCGAGACCGAACCUGCAAUUGAGACCUUGGCUGAGAUGUAUCAAUGCUUCUAUGAGGCAGUCGAAGUCAGCGGUAACGGCUGUCUCACUACCGACCACAUGGCAAUCUUCAUCAACUCUGCCGAGGGUGUGCUCAAGGACUACCAAGGUCGCGUGAACGAGAGACUGGAGGAAGCUGCUGAACGUGAGGAUGGUGAAGAGGCUAGCGAGGAUACUCUUUUCGCCAUCGAGGACGACCAGACAUUGCUAUCCGACAUGAACAAGGCUUUCCACACCAUCUUCAAGCACCACGGCACUACUUUCCUGCCAUUCUGGCAAAAGCUCAUGCCUUACCUCGAUCAAGCACUUGUCAACCAGGACCCGACACAAAGGCAAUGGGCACUGUGCAUCAUGGACGAUGUGCUAGAGUUCUGUGGUCCAGAUUCAUGGGCUUUCGAGAGCCAUAUCGUCCAGCCUCUGGUCGAUGGUAUGCAAGAUGACGUUCCUGCCAACAGACAAGCCGCCACCUACGGAGCCGGUGUCGCAGCACACAAGGGUGGUGCACCAUGGUCAGACUUUGCCAAUGCCAGCUUGCCGUUACUCUUCCAGGCAACACAAAGACCCGACGCUCGCACUGGUGACCAUGUCUUUGCAACCGAGAACGCUUGCGCUAGUAUCGCCAAGAUUCUUCACUUCAACAACUCCAAGGUCGCCAACAGCCAACAAGUUGUCGAGGCCUGGAUUGGAACAUUGCCUGUCGUCAACGACGAGGAGGCCGCACCCUUUGCCUACGCUUUCUUGGCACAACUUAUCGAUCAGCAAAAUCCCGCUGUCGUGCAGCAAGCAGCUCGUUGCUUCCACUUUGUAGCAUUGGCACUGGAAGCCGAGACUCUGCAAGGUAGAACUGCCCAACAGGUCGUGCAGUCGGCAAAGGCUCUUGUCAGCAUGGCAAACUUGGACGCCACCUCGCUUCUUGCCGAGAUGUCGCCAGAGGUCCAACAUGCUGUUCGUGCCUUUUUUGGUUAAAAGUACUCGUACGUAAUUACGGUCGGCAAUAUUCUGGGAGGAUGGCAGCAGGUCUCCGGAAAUGAUAGAAAAUGAUAAUUAAAAA